AUGUACAAAUUUUUUAAACUUUGCAUUGAAACGAUAGUGGCUACAAUGAUAACAUUGAGAGAUUUAAACUCCCCGAUUCGCAUCAUGCACCGUACCAAGGGAGGAAAAAUAUUCAGCCUCACAUUAAGCUCCCUAUAUUCCUCCUUCUCACCAUCCUCCUCUCAUAAACAAAACGAUGAAAAUGAAAAAGCUUGGGUCAAAUUAUCUUCAUCGAGUAAAAUUAUUUAUUUAGAUAAACUGUCAGAUGAUAAUUAUUUAUUUCAAACACUGAAAACGAUACAUGGUGGCAUAAAGAGCGGCAAGCCUGUCAGCAACUCCCCGCCCAGACUUCUCGAAUGGUUCUUCUCGAAAUCGGCCGACCUCGAAAAUGAUGGUAGCAGGAAGGGUGACAGCGUUAAUAUCAUUCUUUUGUGGCACUCCAUGGCGGCUGAACAUUUCAACAAACAGCAGUUGAGUAAAACUUCAAGCCAUCAACCACAACAACAACAACCACCACCACUACAACCACAACAUAUUGACGACAUUGAAGAUUCAAACAAUGUUCGUCUGGCGUUGAACGAAUUAAAAUUUCCAGGUCUUAGCAUGGAUGUGAUUUCCUUAUCAAUGGCUUUCCAUUCAUCCUUCCCCUUCAAACAAUCGUUACAUUCCGCUGUUGAAAGCCUCGCAGCCAAAGGAACGUUACAAGAACUGAAUAGAAGAUGGUCUUCAUCAGCUGCACCCAGCCAUCCACAUCGGGAUGAUGAAGAUGAUGACGAAGAUGAUGUUGGUGAUAGUGAUGAUGACACCAGCGACAUGAAAAGUGGUGUUGCCAGUUUCACGAUUGGACUCUGCAUGUUGCACUGUUUCAUUUUGUUGUUGAUCGUCCUGUGCAGCUCUCUGCAUUACUACAAGAUGAAGUUGCGACAGUCACUUCUCGAUGAAAUGGAAUCUGAUGAUGCUCAAGAAUCGUCGUCAGCGGCCGUAAAAAGCUCCAACAACAACGUGGAAGCUCCAAUCACUACAGCAACCACAACGACGGCAGCUGAAUUCUCGAGAAGUUUGGAUUCCCUGCCAACGACCUCAAACUCUGCCGACCAACUCCAACGUAUCAGAAAUUCAAACUUUUUCGACGAUAGAAUCGACGAGUUUGAUUUUGCCAACAAUUAUUUUCAGGACAAAGAGGAGCACCAGCUCUUCCAAAUGCCUCCUUGCCUCUCCCACCCCUACCAUCAUCACCAUCAUUUCCACGAUUACCACUCCACACAUCCCCAUCACUUUGCCACAAACUACUUCGAACGACAUCAGUUUCCGAAAGUUGCUUACGACAGCAUCGACAGCGAAAGGUCGGAUAGUAGAAUGCACUUGACGCAGAAACGUCGGCAGUAUCGAACAACGCAGCCACAUCAAUUUCAACAAAAACUACGAUUACAGCAACAGCAACAGCAAAGGCAAUAUCACACGUUGGCCGAUCGACGCUCAGAAAAUUCGCAGCAACAAAAAUCAACUACCUCAACAAUUUCUCGACCUCACAAAUGCAAAGCGGUCAAGGGAGUUCAAUGUCAAGAUGACAGCGGCUCAAGGUCAUCCUCAUUUCCUCUCUGGCGUAGACAGACCAAUAUUUUUUAG